AUGGCCAUAAACCUAGCCAAAUUUCUCAUACUGUUUUUCACUAUUUCGAUCUGCAACGCCGUCACGAAUCCAAGUCCGAUUUCCGAUUCUCACCGUUCCGCUGCUUUACAACUCUUCGAUGGUUCCUCUUCAAGGUCGAUGGUUCCUCUUCCAGGAAGUGCCAAGGACUUCUUCAAUCAAAUUGAAUCAUUAGCUCUUCUGGAGAGCAAAAGGGUUCCCGUCCCAUUAGUGUUGUCACUUCCUGCAACAGUUUAUUCAUUGUCCAAAAAAGAUCAGCUCAAGGUUACAGUGAAUACAGUACUUGGUUCAGCCGCACCACCUCUUACAGUUAAGCUUGUCAGAGCUUUCCACGCUGAUGCUAAACAUUCUGCUGUUAUCGAGGGCAAGGAACUCCAGUACGAUCAAAGUAGUGGACUUCAUGUCAUGGGCUUCCCAGAUAAUGUGGAUGUGGGAACAUAUGUGUUUGUUUUUGAGACAGCGCUUCAUGAUUCAGGUAGUGAAAAUGAUUAUGCUAUUGGAGGCCAAAUUCACGUGCCGAUAUAUGUCACUGGCAUUGUUAAAGUUAGCAACGCAGAAAUUGCAGUUCUUGGCAGUGAUCUUGGAAGUGAUGAAACCCAGAAAACGCUAGAUUUGGCUGGAACUGAUGUUGUUUCACUCUCAGCUAACCAUCUUCAAAAGUUGCGUUUUUCUUUUCAGUUGAUAACGCCUCAUGGCCAUACCUUUAAGCCUCGCCAGGCAUUGCUUAAGUUGAAGCAUGAGACAAAGUAUGAACACAUCUUUGUGAAAUCAAGUGAACUUAAAGUGGAAAAGGCAUGUAUGUUCUGGUUUUAUUCAGAAGAAAACACUAACACCAAGGCUCUGAUUCUAAGUUCUCAGGAAGCAAGCAACAAAGUCGAUGAAGUUGAAGAACAAUUGAGAAACCUAAAACAAGAAUUAGAAAUGAUCAGAAGUGAAAAUAUAUCACUGCAAUCAAAGAAUAACUAUUGGGAAGUUAGAGCAAAAUAUUCUGCUGAUAGACUUUACAGAUUCAAGAAAGAAAAUGAACAUCAGUUGUUUAUUUUGAAGCAUGAAAAUGAAUUGAUAUCAAAUGCUGAGAAACAAGCUCGUCAAUUGGUUACUAAUUUAUUUCAAAGGAUACAUUGUUUACAGAUCUCAGUUGAAACACAAGUGGCAGAAAGGAAAAAACAAGAAGAAAUUAUACAUAUGCUACAGAAUGAAUGUAAUAAGGCUAAAAGAGAGUUUCAAGAGCAAAAUAAUUAUGUUGAAAGGCUUAGACAGAAGCUUGAUAAUGUCAGUAAAUUUCCUAUGAAAAUAGCUCAAGAGUCAGGGGAAAAAAUAGCCAUUACUUCCAGUGUAAUGUCAGCUGGUGAAUCCAAAGUUCCUGCUGUGGAGGAUUUUCUUGGCUUGGUGGACAAAUUUUAUUAUCUCUCGGGCAGAUAUGAUUUUGAGUUGACUGUUGGUGAUGCUGUCAUGGAGAACUCUUUCUUGCGGCCACUUGGUCAUUUGGAAUUAGAUCUUCCAGAAGCACCUGAGAAAGCAGCGCAUCUUCCCCCACUACCUUCCAGAAGCUCUUUUGAGAAUUGCUCCAAAGUGAAGAACUUAGGCGACUCUGGAAAAGACGAAUGCAACCGCAUCUAUACCUUUUUAACCUUUAGCGAGGUUAAGAAGAAGAAUGGAAGUUGGAUGAGUAAAGCAGGCAGAAGCAAAGAACCUGAUUACGUUCCCCAUGUUGUGGCUCAAAUGAAGGCUUCUUAUUUGCAUUAUUAUGAUUUAACCGGCCAGAAUUGUAUGGACUCCUCUACCGUGAAAGAGUUUGUUUUAUUUUCUGUAAAGCUCGGGCAAAGUGAUGCUCAGGACGCCGACUAUCAGCCAAAAGACGAGCUUGCUGCUAUUGCCGUCAAAAUACCUAAAGCUAUCAGUUUCAUUAACAAUCAACAUCAUAGCAGUUGCCACAGUGAUAGUCAUGACAUUGUCCAUGCAACGGUUGUGCUCCCAGGCGGGGUUCAUAGUUUUCCAAGUAAAGGCGGACCUUCACCACUACUUGAGCGAUUAUCAAUUCGAUCUUUUUGUUCAGGGGAACAAACACGAUCCGUGCCCAGCAUUCAGCUUAACCCCUUAGAAAAUGGUAUGAGUUCUGUAGCCUUUGACUCGUCGCUCUCACUUUUGCAAGCAUUCGCCAUUUGCAUUGCAUUAGUUGAUAGCAAGAUGCCAUGUGAGCUUUCUGGAACAAGAAAGUCGCAAACCGAGGAACUAAAGGCUUUUGGUAAAUUAGAAGAUAUUCCUACAAGUUAUGUUUCUAAUCCACCAGUUUCUCCUGUUGGUAGGGUCUAA